UUAUGAAAAAAAUACAACAUUGUCAUUGGUCAAGAGGCGGGACUAGUGCUGAAUGAAUACAGGAAGUGGAUAGCGUGAGACUGCACUUUGACGUUCGACGCAAACCUUAACAGUUUUGAGUACCUUAUCAGCAUUAUUUGCGCUCUCAGAACAAAGAUGGUGGACUCUCAGUACUACCUUCCCAAUGACAUUGGGAUCUCAGCCCUCGACUGCCGUGAGGCAUUUCGUCUGUUGUCACCUCAGGAGAAAAUGUAUGCCCACUAUCUGUCCCGGGCUGCUUGGUAUGGUGGCCUGGUGGUGCUCCUGCAGACAUCUCCAGAGUCUGCAAACAUCUUCGUCCUGCUGCAGAGAAUCUUUAGGAAGCAGACUCCAGAACAGCUGGAGCAGGUCGCUAAAGCAGCUGGUCUCAGCUCUGAGGAAUACCAGGCCUUCUUGGUCUACGCUGCUGGUCUGUAUGCAAACAUGGGCAACUACAAGUCUUUUGGAGACACCAAGUUCGUCCCCAAUCUACCAAAGGACAAGCUGGAAGCUCUGGUGAGGGCCAGCCAAGCGUUUCAGGAGAGUCCCACUGAGAUGGAGGCUCUGUGGAGCAACACCUCAGGUCUGAUUUAUUCCCUGGAAGACCGACAGAAACAGCUGGGGCUGGGCGAUAAGGGGAUAACAACAUACUUCUCAGGAAACUGCUGUCUGGAGGACGCUGAACUGGCUCAGAGGUUUUUAGAUUCAAAGAAACUUUCUGCUUACAACACACGUCUGUUCAAGAGAGACAAUGGAGGGAAACCCUGUUAUGAGGUGCGCCUGGCUUCAGCCAUUCAGAAAGACUCUGCAGAGGACGGGGAAUGUGAGUCGUCCUGUGGCAGCUUCAGCUUUGAAGACAAAGAAUUUAUUGUUAAGAGGGGAGACUACAGUCCUCUUAUGGAAAAAGUCUGUCAUUACCUCCAACAAGCUCAGGCUUAUGCAGCCAAUGACAACCAGAGAAAGAUGCUGGAAGAGUACCAACGCAGUUUUGAAUUUGGUUCCAUUCAAGCCCACAAAGAAGGCUCACGGUUUUGGAUCAAAGAUAAAGGCCCGAUUGUUGAGAGUUAUAUAGGAUUCAUAGAGAGCUACAGAGAUCCGUUUGGCUCCAGAGGAGAGUUUGAAGGGUUCGUUGCCGUGGUGAACAAGGCAAUGAGCGAGCGUUUUGCCAAGUUGGUCAGCUCAGCAGAAGUCCUGCUGCCUGAGCUACCCUGGCCCCAGGACUUUGAGAAGGACACCUUCCUUAAACCAGACUUUACUUCCCUGGAUGUUUUAACGUUCGCUGGCAGUGGAAUUCCAGCUGGGAUUAACAUCCCAAAUUAUGAUGACAUCAGGCAGUCAGAGGGCUUUAAGAACGUGUCCCUAGGGAAUGUGCUGGCUGUAGCCUACGCCACACAGAAAGAAAAACUCACCUUCUUGGAAGAGAAGGAUAAGGAUUUGUUUAUCAAAUGGAAGGGGCCAUCCUUCGAGGUGCAGGUCGGUCUGCAUGAGCUCCUGGGUCAUGGAAGUGGAAAGCUAUUUGUCCAGGACGACCACGGCAAGUUCAACUUCGAUCAGAGUAAGGUGGUGAACCCAGAGACGGGAGAAAAGGUGUCAAGUUGGUAUCGUGGCAGCGAGACGUGGGACAGUAAAUUCUCCACGAUUGCUUCUUCCUAUGAAGAAUGCCGAGCAGAAUGUGUUGGGCUCUAUCUGUGUCUGAACAAGCAAGUGUUGAGUAUUUUCGGCCAUGAAGGUCAGGAUGCUGAGGAUGUGGUUUACGCCAACUGGCUGAGCAUGGUCAGAGCUGGGCUGUUGGGUCUGGAGUUUUAUACGCCUGAGAGCAAAAGCUGGAGACAGGCUCACAUGCAGGCGAGAUUCGUCAUCCUGCGCGUCCUGCUGGAGGCGGGAGAAAGUCUGGUGGGCUUGGAGGAGGUAACGGGGCAGGACGGCAAGCCCGACGCACGGAUCACACUAGACCGGAGCAAGAUCAGCACUGUGGGCAAGGACGCCAUCCACAGGUUCCUCUGUAAACUGCAGAUCUUAAAGUCUACAGCAGAUGUAGAAGGAGGCAGAGCUCUCUAUGACGCUUACUCCACUGUCAGCGACACCAGAGCUCACAACUUCCUGCGUCUGCGGGAGAUCGUGCUGCUGAGGAAAGAGGCGCGCAAAAUGUUUGUCCAGGCCAACACCAGAAUCAUCGGGGAGAAUGUGGAGCUGGUGGAAUAUGAAGGCAGCGCAGCAGGUUUGAUUCGCUCCUUCAUCGAACGCUUCCAAGAUGACGCAGAGCAGCUGGAAAACACCCUUUUGGAUCUGAACAAAGCAGACGCCUCCUGCUGGUGUUGAUGGAGGAUUGAUCCUCUUGUUUAAAAAAUGGCCUCCGAAGUCAAGUUUCCCAUGCUGAAGAUUUACGAAAGGUUUAAAGUGUGAAAAAUUCAACUCUUAAAAUGAAUAAGCCAUACGAUGUGUAUCUAAUCAUUUUGAGCUAAUAUGUAAUGAAAUGGAUCUCUUUGGUAGAGGCACUUGACAUGUUUUCUAAUGAGAAUAAAAACUGCAUUACCUGGAAAAAUCAAUGGUUUCUUUAGUUAAAUAAUUUCCUCUGUCAUGAUAUUUGACUUUGUGUACCUAUGCUGAUUGGUGGCUAAAAACAAUAAAGAAAAUGUCU